AGACCCGUUUUGGUUUUAGCUGGCACGAGCCCAGCCUAUUGCCGUAAGUGCUAUAAGGCCACUCAGUAGAAGCCGUUGUAGUUAAGUUAUUAAAAACAAUCAAAAGGCAGGAAAUUGAACAUUAAGGCAACUAGCUCUUAUCUCGCAACACCAAAAGUAAAACCGGGGCGGGGCAUGCUGAAAACGGGCUCUGAGCUUCCUGCAAUAUAACCCUAAAUAACAUAAUUUCAUUAAAUUGGGGGGGGGGGGAGCCACCUGCAUUUUUAGUUGUUUCCGUUCACAAAUCUCAACGCACUUUACAAACAAUAACGAAUCCUUACAAAUCCUCAGUAAUGUGCUUUUUUCAUUGCCCAUAUUACUGAUGGGUAUGUUGAUUCUCAGAGAGACUUGCCCAAGGUCAGACAAUGAGUCAGUGGCAAAGCCAGGAACUGACUCCUAAUUCCUGUUCUGGCCUCCUGCAGAACUCUACUGCCCCUCCAGAUAGCAGGCCACAUAUGCAAUCCAGCAGGUAAGGCACCAGGCUGAAUCAGGUGAGCUUGACUCCUAGCUCUGCCACUGACUUUUGUAGCAUUAAGCAAGCCACUUAAGCUCUCUGUGCUGUAGCUUCCCAAUCUGUAAAAUGGGCAUAAUAAUGGUUAAGAGGCUCCAGAUAGUUUUAUACUGUCUCCAUAGACGUCAGUAUGCAAUCUCACAAGACUGAGAGCCAUUGCUCGGUAUCCGUGGAACAUCAGACGUAUUUGGAAUUCAAGCUCCAAUGUAGCUGUGCUGCCAGGCAAUCAGAGGAGGUGGGAGGGGGCCCCUUUGCCAAGGCAGAGAUGCAAAUAUAAGUCACCAAACAAGUUAUCAUUCCAGCCAGCCCCACUGAUCUAGGGCAACUGUCCCAGCUGCUGCCAAGUGCAGGAAAGGUUCUAGAACCCAGCCCUGUCAGUGAUCUCAUUAUCAGGCGGGUUCUGGAACUUAUGGGCUAAAUACGCAUUUCAAAGAACAUGUAGGAGGGGAAAGGAGAAAGCCCAGUAGCGCCUCGGAGAGGAGCUUCUUCUGCUGUCUCCAGGCUUACGGACAUGGAUGACACCUCAGCUUCAGUGGGGUACUCCCACCCCCACAUGGAGAGAAAGAUGAGCGCCAUGGCUUGCACAGUCUUCAACGAGCUUCGACUGGAAGGGAAACUCUGUGAUGUAGUCAUCAAAGUCAAUGGUUUGGAGUUCAAUGCCCACAAGAACAUCUUAUGUAGCUGCAGUUCCUACUUUCGGGCUUUGUUUACCAGUGGCUGGAACAACUCAGAGAAGAGAGUGUAUAAUAUCCCUGGCAUUUCCCCUGAUAUGAUGAAGCUAAUUAUUGAAUACGCCUAUACGAGGACAGUCCCAGUCACUGCUGACAACGUGGAGCGGCUACUGGCUGCAGCAGACCAGUUCAACAUAAUGGGCAUUGUCAGGGGGUGCUGCGAGUUCUUAAAGUCUCAGCUGUGCUUGGAAAACUGCAUUGGCAUUUGCAAGUUCACAGAGUACUACCACUGCCCGGACCUGCGGCAGACGGCCUACAUGUUCAUCCUGCAUAACUUUGAGGAAAUGGUAAAGGUGUCUACGGAGUUUCUCGAGCUCUCAGUCAAUGAGUUUAAAGACGUAAUUGAAAAGGACGAACUCAACGUGAAACAAGAAGAUGCAGUGUUCGAGGCCAUUCUCAAAUGGAUUUCCCACGACCCCCAGAACAGGAAACAGUACAUUUCAGUCUUACUGCCUAAGGUUCGACUAGCGUUGAUGCAUGCGGAGUACUUUAUGAACAAUGUUAAAAUGCACGAUUUUGUAAAGGACAGUGAGGAAUGCAAGCCUGUCAUCAUAAAUGCACUGAAAGCCAUGUAUGAUCUCAACAUGAAUGGCCCCUCAAGUUCCGAUUUCACCAACCCGCUCACGAGGCCUCGCCUGCCCUAUGCAAUUUUGUUUGCUAUUGGCGGAUGGAGCGGGGGUAGCCCAACCAAUGCCAUUGAAACGUACGACGCCCGAGCAGACAGAUGGGUGAAUGUCACCUGUCAGCAGGAAAGCCCCCGUGCUUACCAUGGCGCUGCCUAUUUAAAAGGUUACGUCUAUAUCAUUGGCGGAUUUGACAGCGUGGACUAUUUUAAUAGUGUGAAACGGUUUGAUCCGCUUAAGAAAACAUGGCACCAGGUUGCUCCCAUGCACUCGAGACGCUGCUACGUAAGUGUCACUGUUCUUAACACCUUCAUCUAUGCCAUGGGAGGGUUCGAUGGCUACGUGCGUCUCAACACAGCAGAACGGUACGAGCCAGAGACAAACCAGUGGACGCUGAUUGCACCCAUGCACGAACAGAGAAGUGACGCAAGCGCCACCACGCUGUAUGGAAAGGUCUAUAUAUGCGGUGGGUUCAAUGGAAAUGAAUGCCUAUUCACAGCUGAAGCAUAUGAUGCUAAGACAAACCAGUGGACGCUAAUCGCACCAAUGAGAAGCCGAAGAAGUGGAAUAGGAGUAAUAGCUUAUGGAGAAUAUGUCUAUGCGGUAGGAGGCUUUGAUGGCGCCAACCGUCUUCGGAGUGCAGAAGCCUACAAUCCAGUUGCCAACACCUGGCGUACAAUCCCCACCAUGUUUAAUCCCCGUAGUAAUUUUGGCAUUGAAGUGGUGGAUGACCUUCUGUUUGUAGUGGGUGGCUUUAAUGGUUUCACGACCACAUUCAAUGUUGAAUGCUACGAUGAAAAGACUGAUGAGUGGUACGAUGCCCAUGACAUGAGCAUAUACCGUAGUGCUUUGAGCUGCUGUGUGGUGCCAGGACUAGCCAAUGUUGGGGAGUACGCAGCCAGACGAGACAACUUUACAGGGUUAUCACAGCGAGAUGAAGUUAAAUACUCCUCUUCGACAAGUACCCUACCUGUAUGAAUAGCUCCACUUAGCUAAUAAAGUCUUCUAAGCAAGAACUGUAUGUAUUCACUUUUUACAAUAAAAGCAACUGGAUACAAACUCACAGGAAUAGUCAGUCCUGGAAAUUGUUUCAUUCAAUGGAGCCAGACAUCUAUCAUUUACAGACAUGGGUUAUAGUGCUAAAUAGUGCGUAUCUAAAUCAUAGAGAAAUAAACAUUUUUUUAUUACAACAAAGCAUUAGUACAAUGUUUAGUUUCAAGAAUUUAAAUAUUACAAUAUUCUUUGUUUCAAUAGAAACUCUACUUUACCUUACAGGAAGCAAUGUAAUUCUUCCCAAUAUGGAGGGUACUGCUUGUCGAAGCAAUUGCAGAUGUCUGCACUAAAACUGACAGAAGAGAACAGCUGCCUUAUAGGUCAUGGGAUCCAGAGUGAUGUGGAUCCAUGAGGAAUAUCUAUGCCUAUUAAUGUUCUUCAAACAUCUAGUUAUUUCUAGGAUUAUAUCCUCAAGAGUGCUUCCACUUAAACUGGUUAUAUUAAAGAUGAUUAUAUUCUAUUUGAGAAGUGGCUGAAAAUAAAGCUAAGCCAUACAAAUACACUUAUAUUAACUGGGUCCUUUACAAAGAAGUCUAACCCUACAGUAUACUAUUGUAAUUUCAGGUCAAAAGGCUCUUAAACUUUGUUAAUCUGCACAAUGCAGUCUGCCUCUAGUAAACAUAAAUAUACAUUGACCCAAUAGUCCUGUUAUUUUACUGUUUACUGUAAUGGAAAAAUAAUUUGGGGAUAACAUCAAUAAGCAGUACCAGAGAAUACUUAGUGCAUUUUUAAAAGAUAAGCAUAUAUUCUAGAUGUUUGGAGUGGUGUCUUUCUGACUUUGUGCAAGAAGUAUUAAAAAUACAUACAAAACAUUUACUUACCAAUAGACCAUUCAGGUUGUUAUAAAAUACUAUGUACACAUAUGGCACCUAAAAGUGAUUACAUUGCCAGUCUAGCUGGUCAGAAGUUUACGCUACUUCACUAAUAUUUUGAACAGAAAGAUAGGAUACAGAACAUGCAUUUUAUGGCAUGUGUUUAGUACAGCAAAAGAGGUACGAUUGUCUUAGACGGUAGAAUAGUCUGAAUAUUCCACCUGAUUUUUUCCUUAAUGAAAGACAAAGAUAGGAGUCAGUUUAGUUAUGCUUAUUGGAUACAGGAAUAAGAUUCUUGUUAGUUUAACUACCCUGCUGUAACUAUUGCUGAAGAGUGCCUAGACUUUUACCAAAGGGGUGUUUUACAUGUACCACACGCUACGCUAAUCAAGGGCCACAAGGAACUUGUUAAAUGGCUGACAGGUUAGUGGACUGAGCCAGAUCCACAGCCAACAUACAUUUACAGUUUUUCCAUCUUACAACUACCACCUUUUGUACAGCGGGCAGGUAGCCUUUUUGUUUAAAAACGAGUGUGCAGAUGCCAUUAAGCCACAUAAAUUUGAUG